AUGUCUCUCCCUGUGCAAAUGGCGAUGAAACUGUCCAACGGCGUGAACCCGUCUCCAAUUAUGCUUCCUCUCCAGCAACAGCAAAUGCAAAUGAUGCCUCAGGCCCAUGCCCACGCCGCUCAGGCUCAGGCCCAUGCCCAGGCUCAAGCCCAGGCUCAGGCUCAAGCUCAAGCUCACGCUCAUGCCCAAAACCAGGCCCUUGCCGCCCAACAACAACAACAGCAACAGCAGCAACAGCCGCCGCCACAGGCCCAGCAGAUCCAGAAUGGCGAACGCUCCCUUCUCGCCGAAACAACGUCCCAGACGUGGCUCGCCGUCGGCUCCUUGGCGGAGUCCCUCGGUGACUUGGAGAAGGCCUCGCUGGCCUACGACGCCGCCUUGCGCCACAACCCCAACAAUCCUGAGGGGCUCAUCCGCAUGGCCAACAUCUACCGCUCCAGAGACCACUUCUUGAAGGCCGCCGAGCUCUACGAGCAGGCACUUCUGUUCAACAACGAGAACGGUGACACAUGGGGGCUCUUGGGCCACUGCUAUCUCAUGAUGGACGACUUGCAGCGGGCUUACGCUGCCUACCAACGUGCUCUCUACUUCUUGGACAACCCCAAUGUGCCCAAGUUGUGGCACGGAAUCGGUAUCUUGUACGACCGUUACGGCUCCUUGGAGUACGCUGAAGAGGCCUUUGUCCGUGUGUUGGACUUGGACCCCAACUUUGACAAGUCCAACGAGAUCUACUUCCGUCUCGGUAUCAUUUACAAGCACCAGGGCAUGCUUCCUUCCGCCUUGGAGUGCUUCCAGUACAUCUUGUCGAACCCUCCACACCCGUUGACCCAGCCCGACGUCUGGUUCCAGAUCGGCUCUGUGCUUGAGCAGCAGAAGAACUGGAACGGCGCCAAGGAGGCCUACGAGAAGGUUUUGGAGGUCAACCCCAACCACGCCAAGGUCUUGCAGCAAUUGGGUUGCUUGUACUCCCAGGCCGAGUCCGCCACUUCUCCAAAUGAACAAUCCCAGGGAGCCCAGGGCCAGCAGCCUUUCCAGCAGGAUCUCAACAUUGCCCUCAAGUACCUCACCCAGUCGAUCGAGAUCGACGCUGGCGACGCUCACUCAUGGUACUAUUUGGGCCGUGUCCACAUGAUCCGUGGUGACUUUAACGCUGCCUACGAGGCCUUCCAGCAGGCCGUCAACCGCGACGCCAGAAACCCAACCUUCUGGUGCUCGAUUGGUGUUCUUUACUACCAGAUCUCCCAGUACCGUGAUGCGCUCGAUGCCUACACGAGGGCGAUCCGUUUGAACCCAUACAUCUCCGAGGUCUGGUACGACUUGGGUACCUUGUAUGAAACCUGCAACAACCAGAUCAGCGAUGCCUUGGACGCUUACCGCCAGGCUGAGCGUUUGGACCCUGGCAAUCCACACAUCAAGGCCCGUUUGGAGCAAUUGAUCAAGUACCAGCAAGACGGUAACACUCAUCCACCCCAACCACCACCAGUGAACCAGCAGCCACGCUUGCCUCAAGGAAUGGUGUUGGAGAGCACGCAACCUCAACAACCGCAGCAGCCACCUGCUCCUCAACAGUUCUCCCAAGGACCCCCACCUCCACCCCACAGCUUCUGCAGGCCUGUGAACUUCCCAGGUCAGGGUCUUCAGCCACACCACCAGGUUCCUCCACAACAACAACAGCAGCAGCAGCAACAGCCCCAACAACUGCAACAACAACUGCAGCAACAACUGCAGCAACAACUGCCAUACCAAGUCGGAAGACCACAGCUUGGUUCUCAACCUCCUCAUCUUCAACAGUCUGGCCAACCACUUCCGCACCAACAACUUCCUCAGCCGGGUGCUCCUCAGUACCAGGGUCACCAAAGCAACACACCUCUGCAAAUCCCAACUCCACAGCACCAGCCGCAGCCAAUGAAUCAGCUUCCAUCGGUUCCUGCCGCUGGUGAACAGGCUGGUCAGGCAGCUGGAUCUACCGCCCAAUCGCCAUCAGUUGGUGCAACCCUUCCACCUGUUCAGCACCGCCAGGAUAGUAGAGAACAGACGCUAGCUCCUCCUGCUGAGUCCAAGCCCGCUGAUCUGACAGCAUCAGAGGCAUCAAAGCAGGGCACCCCAAUGGAAGUUGAGAAGCCCUCGGCUGAACAAACCAACGGUUCUCUCAAACAUGACUUGGAGGAGAAGAAUGACGACAAAGCAUUGAAAAAGCCCUCCAUCUCAAAGACCGCUACUCCUCAGCCUGCCGAAAGCGCAAAUAAUCAACCUAAUGUAUCUUCAGCAGAUGAGAAGUCGGAACCUGAGAAGCCCGCGGAUUCCGAGCCAGCAACUGCUACUAGUGCUCCCGGUCCAGCUGCUGCACCUGGUCCUAGCGUCAACCCUCAGCCUGUGGUGACUGAAGAAUCUUCGAACGCUACUUCAGCUCCCAAGUUUUCCAGCAACGUGACGGAAAAUGAGAAGAACGAAGAGACCAACGAAAAGGACAAUGACAAUGACGAGGAAGAAGAAGAAAGAACGAAUGAGCCUGUUGAGCCUCCUUUGCGCAAAGUAGAGGAGGAUGAAAACUACGAUGACGAGUAA